AUGGUUGUGUCAUUUCACGAUUUCAUGGUUGGACGUGAUUAUGGCUCUGAUCCAACGCCAAUCACUGCUGCUGCAGAAGUUCUCUAUGCUUUUGAUAUGGUUAUGCAAGGAACGCAAAGUACAGCAAUACUUAUCUUAGGCUCUUCAUCAACAGGAACCCUGUUUGCGCUGGUUGCAGCAGCAUUUUUAAGAAACAUUCCUAUUAUAAACAUUUACAUGGAAAAUAGUGUUAUUGAUGUAAGAACAGCAGAAGCUAUAUUGGCAAUGUCUUCGGCCACUAUUCGAGUUUUCGGUAAACUAGCACCUAAUAGUUUAGAGACUGAACAACUGAAUCAUAUUUUGCUCGAACUUUACCAAUAG